AUGAUAGACCAAGACUCCAACGACAUGGAUAUCGAUGAUUCGAUGGAAAAACACCAUUCACCUAUGGUACUUGGCUCAGACGUCAGUUUGGACGACGACGAUGCCGACGACCUUGACAUGAAAAACAUGGCUAUCAAAGCGUGGCUGGUGAAGCUACCGAAGUUUCUAUUCGAAAAGUGGUGUGAUAUUGAGAGUGAUGACAUAGAUCUGGGUACCGUACAGAUCUCCAACGAUGACCUGGGUCCUGGUGCUAAUAAUAUAAAAUUAAUAUUAUCGAAUAUUGAUGCACAUGCUGAAAUUCCAAAGGAAUAUGAGCUUCAAAUAAUAAAUCAAGAUGUAAAAGACAUCUACACUUUCUAUCAAAACAAAGAAUCUGGAGCUGUGUCUUUGGCGGCUACAGUGCACCAUAACUGCCUCUCAAAACCCAUACUAACCGGUGAUUACAGUAGAAAAUUACGGGAGCGCACUAUGCAAGCUGGACAACCCAGACGAGCUAUUAAGAUGAUGGAUGAGAAUGAGAAUCGUGGCGCCUAUGUUCCGCCUGGAUCAUCCGGCGCUGCGAUUACCAAGUUUGGCAAUCUAGUGCAAAAGAAACAAAAAGUUUCAAUCGAGCAAAAGACAACCCGCAUGCCAAAGAACGAACUUAUUGAUUUAUUGUUCAGUGCGUUCGAGUUGUACGCAUAUUGGUCGCUAAAGGGGUUAAAAAUUUACGUCAAACAACCGGAGUCUUAUUUAAAAGAAGUUUUGAGCGAGAUCGCCACUUUAGAUAAAAAAGGACAGUACACCAAUUGCUAUCAUUUGAAGUCCGAGUACAGUCGUCAGGCUGCAACCAAUGAAUCUAUUGCCCCAGUUGGAUUGGUAUCAGGCAACUCGGGAGGUGAUAACUAUAAUGAUAACCAGUUUGCCCUUGAACCUCAAAUGGGUGGUAACCACUACACCCGUCCAUCUUCCCAGAAAGAAUCGUUCCAGUUUAUUAUGUGCGUUCUCGAGAAAUUCCAAUUACCGCGUUUCUAUGAUAAUCGACGAUCACAAGACU